GACGUUUAGCGGAAGGCGUGAAUCUCCUCGAUACGCGCGGUUUGUGUUCUCGGCUAGGCUCAAACCCCGCCCCGUCGUGUAACUCAGUUUGGGGCUGCCACUUUAGCAAACUUACGGGGCUGCAGUGUGUAACUGAAGUUAGUCGGAUUUAGGAAAGAAAAAAAGAGUAUAAACUGCCAGGAAAGAGUUGCCAUUUCGGAAAGUCAUUAUGGCCCCCUCUAUCUUCACGUCGUCGGCCACCGCCGUCGCAUUGAGUAACGCCACGGUGACGGUGGACGCAGCCUUCUUCAGGUCAUCUCAAGGGAUUCUGAAGAUUAUGCAAAUGGUGACUCUGCUUAUUUCCUUCCUCUGUGUUCACACCUCUGAAUUUUCCAUCUAUUCAAAUUACAAAGUCCUUCAGGUCGUCACAGUGUGGUUUCUUGUGGUCAUUAUAUUAUUCUAUUUCAUGCACCUGUUCCGGCUUCACACCAAGCUGACCCAAGUCAACUGUCUUUUAAUAGAAUACGUGCACUACAUCCUUGGGACCUUGCUGACCCUAAUCUCCUCACUCGUGGCAGCAGUGAAUCCUAUUAAGUAUCCAGCACUUAUUGCAGCUGCGGUCUUUGGAUUUUUUUCUUCCUUGCUGUUAUUCAUGACCCUCCUUUUGUCAUUUAAAACCACAUUUAAUACUCCAACAGAUACCACAGCUUAACUGUUUUGCCAAAGAUGGGGACUGGAAGGAUCGCUCCCUAGGCGUGGGGUUUUCAUUUUCCACUACUUUGUUGGAAGUGACCUGAAGCAUACUGAUUUAUUUUUGAGUGUUUUAUUUUUAAUACUUUUUUAUAUGCUGUGCAAUGUUAAAAAUCACCAAAGAAGAUUAGCGUCUUCCUUUGGACUGUGUUAUUUGAAGUUGCCUGAGUGGAUGUUUACAAUGUUUUAUUUUUUAAGUCUUAGUUUUUUUAAAACGUUUUUUAACUUUUUAUUUUCAUAAUUAAAAAAAAGUUUGUAAUUUACAUGUGUAAUAUAAAAGCUCCUAGAAAAGGGGUAAAAUUCCACAACAUUUAAUUGUAAUAUCCCAAAUUCAGUGACCACCAUGGGAUUUCAGUUUUCAUGAACUGCUUUGUUUACGUUCACAUUGGCAUGUUCGGGGGUCCGAUUUAUUUUGUUUUUUUUGCCUUAAUGUGACACAAAUCUGAUGUUUUCAGGGCUGUAUGGACACAAAAUGCUAUCAGAUCUGAGUCACUUUCAUAUGUGGUCCUGGAUCAGAUACGUAUCCGACAUGAAUAAGAAUGGUUGGAAUAAAAUUCACAUAGUUUGUUAGCUAGUAGGCUUGGGCUGAGCGCUGUUGUCAUCACUUAGCACCAGCCGUCCAAUAAAACAACAGUGGUGGAGAGCAACAGCUAUGACAUCUUUUAAAAUUAGAUUUGAGUCGCUUUCAUAUGUGGUCUCAGAUCAGAUACGUUAUCCGAUGCGUCGCCACGCGAUAUGCAUAAAAAUGGUCAGAAUGUGGUUCAUUGGCUGGUACGUGUGGGAUGAUUGCUGUUGUCAUCAUUUAUCACCAGCAGUGCAACAAGACAACAGUAGCGUCAAGCCACAUCUAUGACAUCAGUCACAGUCCCACCAUUGAUGGCUCCUUUCUCAUACUCGCACAUCUCUUGGUAUAGCAAUACCAGCAAUGGCUGCGAAAACAGCAAAAGUGAGCCGUAUGGCUUUUUGGUUUUUUUCCCACCUUCUCGACCCAAUCACGUACAGCCGAUGAACUGUCUGCCGUCCUCCAGAGCCAAGUACGAUGCACACACUAGCUAUUUGUGUGUCCAUUUUGUCAGUUUUAAUGCUGCGUUCUAUUUACCUUGGAAGUCUCAGGUGUUGGAGUUGGGAAUGACAUCACAUCCGAGUUAAUUGCGUUCCGGUAAAACCAAUAUGGACGCGUCCAGGAAAAUCUUUGUUGUAGAAUAAAUAUCAGUUGCAGAAUUUUGUGUAUCCGAGCAUUGUAGGAAUUAGUCCACGGAUAGACGUUGGGCAGUGCUGUGUGUGUGCGACUGAUUUAGUGAGACGCAGAAGUGUUAAUAAACGGUCUAAUACCACAGCUUUCAUUAAAGCCCUUGGUGUAUGUCGCCAUUUUGGCUUUUAUUUUUUGUUUUUUAUUGAAUUUAUUAAAAGAAUGUAAAAUUCCAUACUGUCAAGUCAAACUUAACAAAACUAAAUUCAAAUCAACUCCCCACCCAUGAGAAAGCGAGGAAGGCCGACAGCCCGAGUAAAACUGUUAAGUGUAGUCAAGAGGGAAAGGAGUCUUUUCCCCCGAUAUAAGUGCGUAUUCUAAAAUAUUAUUAAUUAUGCCCUGCCAGGUUUAAAAAAAG